AUGAUUUGGCUGUGCUCUUGGGGGUGUCUUCAGGAAACCAUGGAAAAGCUGACCUGGUUGGCCUCCGAGAGGCGGCUGAGCCAGGAAGGAGAUUCGGAGGAGGAGAACUCGCAGGAAGAGAACUCGGAGCCGGAAGAGGAAGAGGAGGAGGAAGAAGAAGGGGAACCUCUGGAGACCCAACAGAAGGAGGACGAAAUGGCCAACGAGGUGGCGGGCCCAGGAGACGGGCCAGCCGCCUCUCUCGCCUCAACCUGCACCCCGCCGACCGUGGAGGCCAGCAACAGCCCUCCAGGAGAGAACCCCAAGGCCACCACCAAGAGCCGGGCCUCCCAGCGAGCCCGGGCCAAGAGGGGGCGGGGCCGCACCAGCAAAGACACCUCCAAGCUCCUCCUCCUUUACGAUGACGACAUCCUGGAGAGAGACCCGCUGCGCGAGCAGAAGGACUUCGCUUUCGCCCAGGCUUACCUGAACAGGGUACGCGAAGCCCUGCGCCUCGUUCCAGGCAAAUACGAAGAAUUUCUCCGCAACAUCUACGAGUUUGAGAACAACCUGCAGAAGCAGACGGCCGUCGAUCUCUACGCCCGGCUCCGGAUCCUCCUCCAGGACUGGCCUCAACUCUUGACCGACUUCGCGGCCUUUCUGCUGCCCGAGCAAGCGCUGGAGUGCGGAUUGUUUGAGGAACAGCAGGCCUUUGAGAAGAGCCGGACGUUCCUUCGGCGGUUGGAGAUCUGCUUCGCUGAGAACCCAUCCCACCACCAGAAGAUCAUCAAGGUGCUGCAGAACUGCACGGACUCCGUACCCCAAGAGAUCAUGGAAGUGAGCCGCUUUCUGUCCCGUCCUUCGUCCCCUUUUAUCCCCUCCGGCACGGAUGAGGUUCCCUAG